UGUUUAAUCUAAGAAUCUAAGACUAUCACUCAACAAUACCGAUUAUACAUUAAUAUAAAAAAAACGUGGGAUCUGAAUAACUUAGUAAUAGUGAUGACAUAAUCCUAUAAACUAUUAUCAUUAUUGAUCAAUUCAAGAAUACGACAGAUGUUGGAACAGUCUUCACAUCCCAAUAAUGCAACGAAAUAUCCAUUGAGCUUCACAUUCCUUGAUCCCCUAUUUAAAAUCCCCUCGAUUAUCCCCGUUUCUUUAAUACUCCCCUCACCUAUAACUCUAUAUUUUUCCCCUCCGCCGUGGAAUUCUGGUUAGCCGCCAUAGGUAAUCAAGCCGCCGCAAAAUACUACUAAACGCUUAAAUAUAGUAUUAUAAUGCCGUCGCCGAAGAGUCACCGGAAGGGAGGCCAUGAGAAGAACAAGAAGGGGCGCUUGUCGGAGAAGGCGUCGUCAUUUCACGGGAGGGACGCCGGAGGUAUGGCCGACAUGCUUCCGAGGCCGAGGACGGUGCCGGACUUGCUGGCCGGCAGAAGAGGCGGCGGGAGUCCGGCUGCUCCGCCGCCGCCGGCGAAGCUGACGAAGUUGCUGGUGAACGUGACGAUACAGAGGAGCCCUGGCCCGGUCCACGUCUUGGUGGCGCCGGUGGCCACCGUGCAGGACCUGAUCACGGCGGCGCUCCGCCAGUAUGUCAGUGAGGCGCGGCGGCCGGUGCUUCCGUCCACCGCCUGCUCCGCCUUCGAUCUCCAUUACUCUCAGUUCAGUUUAGAAAGUUUGGAUAGGGAGGUGAAGAUAGUGGAGUUGGGUUCAAGAAACUUCUUUCUCUGUCCGAGGCAGAUUGCGGCGGAAAGCGGCGGCGGCGCAUCAAGCUGCUCAAAGGAAGCUGAGGAAAGCAACACAAGGAAAGGGUUGCCGUGGCUUAAAUUCAUGGAUUUUUUACUGUAAUUCAAGGCUGCUUGAUUACAGCCACGAUUACUUUUGCGGCUAAUUUUUUUAAAAUGUGGAGAGUAUUUGGUUUGCAAAAGGUGUAAAUAUUGUGAAAUCAUAGAAUAUGCGUUUUUAGGUAUCUAUAGAGUUUAGUUUUAGCAAUGUAAGAUUCAAGGAUGGCUCUUUCUGUUUUACAGAUUAUGUUUUAGUUGUCCAAAAAAGCAGAAAGUGUAUCUGUUGUAGUAGUAGUAAUAUGUUCAAGUUUGAUUUUAAAUUAUUUUACAUCAUGUCUUGUGGUA